CGUCAGUCACCGAAAAGUCAAUGUCAUUUUUAUAAAAAGAAAUGUCGGAAAUCUCUCAAAUUUUGUGUUAUUUCAGUCGAUAGCAAAAAUAAUAGGUAAUUAAUUAAUUAAUUGUAAAUAAAAUAGUUUCUCGCAUUAAAUCAUGAGUUCCGAUGCACAAGAAAACCCCACAGUCGCCGCGGAAGAUGCCGAACUCGCUGAGAAAUACAAAACCGAGGCGAACGAUUGUUUCAAAAAGCAACAAUUUAAUGAUGCCAUUGAUCUCUAUACCAAAGCAAUCGAAACUAAUCCUAACGUGGCAAUAUAUUACGGGAACAGGAGCUUCGCCUUCCUGAAAAUGGAAUGCUUCGGAUCGGCUUUGACUGAUGCCUCCAAAGCAAUAGAAUUAGAUAAGACCUACGUCAAAGGGUUCUACAGGAGGGCCGCCGCUACUAUGGCCCUAGGAAAAUGGAAGGAAGCUCUGAAAGAUUACGAAUAUGUAACAAAAAUGAGACCUAGUGAUAAAGAUGCCAAGUUAAAAUAUAACGAGUGUAAUAAGAUAGUGAAGAAAAUCGCUUUUGAAAAGGCCAUUUCGGUGGAUUACAAGAAGAAAAGCAUCGCCGAUACGAUUAAUAUAGAAGGAAUGAGCAUAGAAAACGAAUAUACAGGUCCGGAGUUAGAAAACGGGAAAGUUACAUUAAAAUUCAUGAAGGAAUUAAUGGAAUCAUAUAAAAAUCAGGGAAGGUUACAUAGGAAAUAUGCCUACAAAAUAUUAUUAGAUAUCAAAAAUUACUUCAUGGCUCAACCUACAUUAAUAGACGUUACUUUUGGUGACAAGGACAAAUUUACUGUGUGUGGUGAUAUACACGGUCAAUUCUACGACUUAUUAAAUGUAUUCGAAUUGAACGGUUUACCUUCCGAGACCAAUCCAUAUCUUUUCAAUGGGGACUUUGUGGACCGAGGUUCCUUUUCGGUAGAAUGUAUAUUUACACUGUUUGGAUUUAAAUUGUUAUAUCCGAAUCAUUUUUAUAUGUCGAGAGGCAAUCACGAGAGUGCCACCAUGAACCAAAUGUACGGCUUUGACGGCGAGGUCAAGUCCAAGUACAGCUCUCAAAUGGCGGAGCUCUUCACCGAAGUGUACAACUGGCUCCCCCUCGCUCACUGCCUAAACAAGCGCGUCCUCGUCAUGCACGGAGGCCUGUUCUCGCGCGACGACGUCACGCUGGAGGAAAUCAGGCAGAUCGACAGGAACAGGCAGCCGCCGGAAGACGGGCCGAUGUGCGAGCUGCUCUGGUCCGACCCGCAGCCGCAAGAGGGCAGGGCGCCGAGUAAAAGAGGCGUCGGGUGUCAAUUCGGGCCGGACGUGACCAAGAAGUUCUUGAAACUGAACAAUUUGGACUACGUUAUUCGGAGUCACGAGGUGAAGAAUGACGGGUACGAGGUAGCGCACGAGGGGAAGUGUAUAACGGUGUUUUCGGCUCCCAAUUAUUGCGAUACAAUGGGAAAUAAAGGUGCAUUUAUUGUCUUAAAUGGCAAAGACAUGAUUCCUAAGUAUACAACAUAUGAAGCUGUGAGCCAUCCAGACGUCAAACCAAUGGCGUACGCAAAUUCAUUAUUAAGUUUAAUGUGCUAGUACCUGGCUUAUGUUGUAGUGUAAUUUAUAGUUAUGUUUUUUUUAUUAAACGAUAACCAGUCAUUUUUUUUGUUAAAACGCAAUACCCAUCGAACAAACUAUAAAAUUAUUAUAUUAUUUUUUUUUGUUAUCGACUAUCAAUAAUUCGAGAUCCAAAGAUGAACAUACUCCACAAUCUUUGCUUGCUAGAACCAUAUAAUCGGAAAAAACUGACGUCAUAGUAACCUUUGAAUGAUUAUUAACUUUGACUUUUUAAAUAUUAAUUUUUGCAGUUUUUAUGUCAGUUUUAAUGAUUUUUAAUGAUAUUACAGUGGGCCUGACAGAAAAACUUUCAUCGAUUGCAGAAUUCGAAGGUCACUAUGACGAUGUUUUUUUUUUCAAUAUGGUAUUUUUUCCGUUUUUUUUUAGUUACAAGUAACUAUAUUUUUUUGUUAUUACUUUACGAGAAACAUUUAUUAGUAAAAUACAUACUGUGUUAUUUCGCAUAAUUUUAGUUAAUCUAGAGAUUUCCAACUGCCUUCUCCGACUGUCGUUUUUUGAUAAAACUUUGGCAGGGCAACUAGGUAUGUAUGUUCAAUAUUUCAAGAUAUUGUUCCAAUUUUGAUAGUGUAUAUUUUAAUAAACUUAGUUUUAGAAAG